AUGGGCAAACGCGGGCGGCCGCGCAAGGAGGCGCGCUGCGAGGGCGCGGGGCCAGUCCCCGCCGCGCCCCCGGCCGUGCCCCCGGCCGCGGCCGCGCCCCAAGCCCCGGCCCAGCCCGAGGAGCCCGCCUGGGCCAAGCCCAGGUGCCCCUUCUCGGACAUCUUCAACACCAGCGAGAACUCGAUGGAGAAGCACAUCAACACUUUUCUGCAGAACGUGCAGAUUCUGCUGGAGGCCGCCAGCUACCUGGAGCAGAUCGAGAAAGAAAACAAAAAGUGUGAACAUGGCUAUGCUUCAGCGUUCCCCUCCAUGCCGAGUCCCCGACUGCAGCACUCAAAGCCCCCACGGAGGUUGAGCCGGGCACAGAAACACAGCAGCGGGAGCAGCAACACCAGCACUGCCAACAGGUCUACACACAAUGAGCUGGAAAAGAAUCGACGAGCUCAUCUUCGCCUGUGUUUAGAACGCUUAAAAGUUCUGAUUCCCCUAGGACCAGACUGCACCAGGCACACAACACUUGGUUUACUCAACAAAGCCAAAGCACACAUCAAGAAACUUGAAGAAGCUGAAAGGAAGAGCCAGCACCAGCUUGAGAACUUGGAGCGAGAACAGAGGUUUUUAAAACGGCGACUGGAACAGCUACAGGGUCCUCAGGAAACGGAGCGAGUACGAAUGGAUAGCAUUGGAUCAACUAUUUCUUCAGAUCGUUCUGAGUCAGAGCGAGAGGAGAUUGAAGUGGAUGUUGAAAGCACAGAGUUCUCCCAUGGAGAAGUGGACAAUAUCAGUACCACCAGCAUCAGUGACAUUGAUGACCACAGCAGCUUGCAGAGUAUUGGGAGUGACGAGGGUUACUCCAGCGCCAGUGUCAAACUUUCAUUCGCUUCCUAGAACCCGGCAGGACACAGAGUGCAGGGCAGCACAGUCACUGGGCCAAUUCAGUCCAAACAAUCUCUUACAUUGGGUUCAUGAUGCAGCCUCCUCUUUGAAAGAAACCCAACCAUACUUGACAAAGGGUCUUGAAAGACCCGUAUGGAAGCAAACACAUAGCAAAAAGGGGGGAGAGCAACCCCAGCAGAGUAUUCGGAAAUCACAAACUCUAAUGGCAGCAGAAAACUUGUGUGAAAUUUCCUUGUUUUAAUUUAGUUGAUUUAAAGGAGGGCAUAGGAGAUCCCUCCCUCUUUCUUUUCUGGUUUGCUCAUACUGCAAUGAGCCAGCCUAUUUAAGGAUGGGUUGUGAACCCUUCCUGAGCUUUAUGAUCCUAAAAACAAAAUCAAACCUGUAGUAAAGACAAGAUGAAAUCAGGCAUUAAUCUUGGAUAGCUGAAGAGCUGUUAUCACUCAGCCUGGGACAGCUGAUCAUGAAUCCUGUGGACGAUCAAUUCUUUUAAAAAGCUCAUUUCCUGCUCUGCAAAAGGAGAGAUUCCCAUGAAGCCUGUUGAAAGGGAUCAUCAUGCAGUUCAGCGUUUUGUUGGAUUCCAUGCUAAGCAAGCUAACCUUACCCUGCAUUGUUAGCACUAGGGCACCAAACCGCCAGCUCACCAGCCAGCCAGUACCCCUUGGCCCCUGGGCAGCAUGGGGGCAGUCAGUGCAUGACAGCCUUUGAGUAUGAACUGGGGGCCAGGUCAAAGCUCUGCAGGCCUGUCCAGAUGAGCAGGCCAUGGUAUGAGCCACGGCAGCAUUUUUAUUUCAGAUUUUGAUAACUGUUUGUAUGUGUUGAAACCAAAAUGACAUCUUUUUAAAAGCUUGUCCAUAAAAAACAUAGAUGUCUUUUUUAGUAGAAAAACACACGGGGGGGAGGGGGGGAUAUCAUCUAUUUUGAUGCAGCAUUUGAUAAUGAUAAAACACCUCACACCUCAUCCUGUACCGUGCACAGAAUGAAUGAGUUCUGGGCUAGGGGGAAAAAAAGGUCAGUGCUAAGGUUCUGUUUUCAUUUAGAAUCAUUACCCUUUACCAGCGUUUAACCCUCUGGGACCUAUAGUAGACUAUCAUAGUUAACAUAGUUAAGUUCAGCACUUGUCUCAUUUUAGUGUAAAGAUUUGCUUCCAUUUUCCCACAGGCAGUCUCUCUCCUUCCUCACAGUCUUACUGUGCAGGUGCUAUUGUUGCUCUUACGAAUAUUUUCAGAAAUGUUAUUUUCUUUAAAGUGAAAUUUCUAGCCUGCACUUUGAUGUCGUGUGUUCCCUCUUUUAAAAGCGCCAAUGUCCCCUUCUUGUCCUCCUCUCCCUUCUUGGAUACCCUCCCCGCUGGCUGUUUGAACUUUGUAUACUUUCAAUAAUUUAACUACCCUUAAUUACGUAAAAAAAGAAAAAAAAGCUUUAUGAUUUUCAUAACUUAUUGCUGUUUUUAAUGGGUUGUUAAUUUCAGUCCUGUAGCUUUAUUUUAUGUUUUAGAUAGGGCUGGGCAAGGAAAAAGAAAAUAAAGACAACCAUAUUUA